CUCAUCUGAGAGGAGAUGCUGGGAAUCAGGAUGCGGUGCAGCGUGUAGGUAUUUACAGGACGUCCCCGCGGAAGUUGCUCUCGACCUCCUCUAAGGUCGCCGAGGUCGAUGCCCGUCCAGAGGGCGGAGGGGAAGGUGCCUGCGGCCCUUUCUCGACCACCGUGAAGGAUUCGAGGAGGAGGUGGCGGCGCGGCUGUGGAGGAGCAAGUCGGAAGAUGUUAGCGGCGGUGCGACGAAAACGAAUGGAGCUGAUGCCAUUCCGGGCGCGACGAGAGCGCCGACCAUGUUCUCGUUCGAAAUUCGAGGAGGUUGGAGAAGAAGCCUAGUGGUCAAAAACUAUAUGAUAAAAGCUUAAGAUGGCAGCAUCAAAGAUUCAAGCUCUAUGGAAUCACCCAGCGGGCCCUAAAACCAUCCAUUUUUGGGCCCCAACAUUUAAGUGGGGAAUUAGUAUCGCAAAUGUUGCAGACUUUGCUAAGCCACCUGAAAAGAUUUCUUAUCCUCAGCAAGUUGCUGUUGCUUGCACUGGUCUCAUCUGGUCACGUUACAGCACAGUUAUUACACCUAAAAACUGGAACCUCUUUAGCGUGAAUGUUGCGAUGGCUGGAACAGGCAUUUAUCAACUUUCUCGCAAGAUUCGGCACGAUUACUUCUCUGAGGUAGAAGAAGUACCAGCAAAAGAAUGAAGGUUCAAAUUGACAAUGUCCAUGUGGGAGCGUCGGCGAUGAUGGAUCCUGUCUUAUGAUUUCUGUUCAAAUAAUAUGUCCUCUUUGCAUCUCAAGCACAGGGGCAUAAAACCCUGGCAUAAUUCUAUGGUGGCAACCUCUCUUUUUGUCCCAAUCUUGUUUUUUUUUUAUUUGGAUCUGGUUUUUCUUCCCAUCUGACAACUGCUGAAUUUUUAGCUUCUAUAACUUGACGAUACACCUGCAAACAAUAAAAAUAAAUUUGAUC